CCCAGCAACAAUGGAAUUAAACAAUAACCACCGUCGGCACAACAGCAUGGAUGAACCUUCAAAUAUACAAAAGCCAAAGCCUCCACCACGCAGAAGACUAUCUCUGAUUCAUGAAGGUCCUCCAAAACGAUACCGUCUACAUACAGAGAGAAAAUAUAUUGAUGAUAAUGGAAAAGUCAGAAAAUGGACUUUUGGCAAAAAAGAUGCCAGUAAACAAAACAAAAUCAUUCUGCUGGUGGGAGAGACUGGCGUCGGUAAGACAACUCUCAUCAACACCAUGGUCAACUACUUACUGAAUGUGAAGUUUGAGAAAGAAAUAUGGUAUGAAAUCACAGAAGAAGUAGCCAGAGACCAAUCAGAAUCACAAACCUCUGAAAUCACCAUGUAUGAGGUCUUUCCUGUGAAUAGUCCCAUGUCUCUCACCAUCAUUGAUACUCCAGGCUACGGAGACACUAGAGGACUGGACAAAGAUCUGGAAGUUGCUGAGAAUUUAGCCACUCUGUUUAAGAGCAAUGAUGGAGUUCGUGAAGUCGACGCCAUCUGCUUCGUGACUCAAGCGUCUAAGAAUCGUCUCUCAGACCGACAGCAUUACAUUAUCAGUUCAAUUCUGUCUUUGUUUGGAAAAGACAUUGUUAACAACAUUGUGUUUUUAAUCACACACUCUGAUGGUCUGCCACCCAAAAAUGUCCUCAGUGCCAUUAAAAAAGCUAAAAUCCCCUCCAGACGAGACAAAAGUGGCCAACCUGUUCAUUUCUUAUUCAACAACCGUCAGGCUGAUGAUCGUCACACUAGAGAACGUCUCAUUCGUGCUCAAAGAGACGCCUGGGAAGACAGUGUAGACGGUAUGAAGUAUUUCCUUCAAUCUCUGAAUGAAAUGAGCAGAAGAAGUUUAGAGCUGACUUCAGAUGUCCUGAUGGAGCGCAUUCAAUUUGAAGCAUCCAUCUGCAAUUUACAGCUGCAAGUUGAAGAGAAAGAAUCAAAGAAGUCUGAAAAACUUCAGAUUCAGGAGGCAAUAAGACAAAACAGGGACAGGAUUGAUAGGCAUUCAAACUUUAGCAUUACAGUAAAAAAGACUGUCAAGGAGAAGGUGCCCAUUGAGAGCAAGUCAUGGAAGCACAGGAAGGCGACGACCUGCACCGUCUGUGAGGAAAACUGCCAUGAGUUUGACUGCUGGUGGAGUUCAAAUCCCAGCAAAUGUGAAGUCAUGAAAGAUGGCUACUGCACCGUGUGCUCAGGGAAGUGUCAUCACAGCAAACACGUCAAAGAAAACAAGAAAUAUGUAAUCAGAACCUCAAACACAAUGAUAGAAUAUGAUUCUAUAAAAAAGGAAUAUGAAAAAGCCCAAGAACAAACCAUAAGGUUUUCGGUUGUAAUGGAUGAUAUUGACAAAGAUCUGCAGGAAAUUGAGAAACAGAAGUCAAUUCUUCUGACUGAUGCUUAUAAAAACAUCAAGCAUCUGUCUCAGAUCGCAUUAAAACCAGACUCUGCCUUCACUCUUCAGCAUCUGGACUUCUUCAUCCCAAGAGUGAGGGAGGCUGGGAAACAAGAAUGGGUCCAAGAGCUGGAGGAAAUGAGGAGAAACGCUGAAGCUGAAGAAGUGAAUAAAGACGCUUUGAGUUAUCUUAAAGCUGGUUUGGCAAAACUUUUCAUGACUGGGCAAUGA